GGGUGGUACCACUCAUCCAAUGUCAAAAUGGAUGCGUCAUGUAUUUUUGAAAACGUUACCCAAAUAUUUGUUCAUCGAGCCACCGGAAGAUGAUGCUUCCGAGGAAAGCAGCAAUCGAUCAUCAGAUUUAUUAUCAAAUUCAACAUCUCGUCGAACAAGUCCUUGUUUUUUAUCGAUUAACAAUUUAAUCGAUGGUCAAAUGCGAUUAUCACAAUUGGCACAACUUCGUGGAAUGCAUCCAGAUUUAAUUCGUCGUAUGAUUGAUAAUGUAUCUUUUAUUGCUGAUCAUUUUCGAGCAAUGAAAAAACGUGAUCAAGUAUCGGAAGAUUGGUGCUACAUAUCAAUGGUGCUAGAUCGAUUGAUGCUGAUGAUUUUUAGUGUGAUCAACGUAUUUGGUACUCUCAUCAUUCUUCUUCAAUCACCCGUACUUUAUGAUAGUCGACCACCGAUGACCAUUAAUCCCGCUAGUAAACCACUGAGCGGUGACACAUUCGAAUUAUUCAUUAACAGCUCAUAUGUACAGUAA